AAUCUAUUAUUCUGUUUGUGUAUGCACUGACUUUCAUCAAAGACAACAUCAGAAGGGCCGGCUGAUGCCUCAAGUGCACUUUGUUGUAAAUUCAAAAUGUACAGUAUACUCUUGAACAUGUCUUUACCAGUAUAACAGACAUGUUCACAGCUGCAGGUGUAAGUCUCACAACGAGGACUGAAACUAAAUAUUUUUGUACUUGCAAUAAUGUGUUUGUACCUUCUUUCUCCGCUCAAUUCAGUUUCAUUCCAAGUUUGGCAUCUCAUUGCACUCAGAAGAUUCACACGCUGCAGUGCUGACGUCUGUGUUGGCUUGUGGCCGGCUCACGUGUGGAAUACUCAGACAUGGCUCUAGAGUGACGCCUCGGCGGUUGUCUUGGCACACAGUGAAUGUUGGAACAGCUGCAUGCUGGAUGAUGCUGUAAGUGUGCCUGGUGUGUGACAUGCUCCUGUUGCAGGCGAGUGUUGGUGAAGAGUUGUCUUCCUGUUGUAGGGUAGUGGCAGUGGCUGUGUUCCUGCUGAUGGUGUGCAAUUGUCAAUGGUUGUGAAGAAAAAAAUCACUUGGAUAAGUAAUUUAAAUGUGAAAAGUUGAUUUCAGUCAUUUCAUAGUUUUUAUAAUGUCAAAGAAAAGUAUAUAUAUAUAUACGGAAGUAGUACUAAUAAAAUUAUUUUGAAGUUUAAUAUAUUAUAAUUUAUUUUCAAUGAUCAUGGAAGUCUGUUUGCAGUAUAAGUUUUGUCUGGUGUCGCAGUUUUUUCUUUUUGCUUAAUACCGUAUGACUAUUGAGAAGCCUCAGUUGAUAUAUUGCAUAAAAGCAUUGUUAGAUUUAUCCUAAAUUCCCUUAAAAGAAAUCCAUAACUUUUCUUUUUGGUCUAAUAUGAAGUGUUAUGAGAAGUCCACCUGGCCUUGAAGGUGUUAUAUCACCAGUGCUGUUCUUUUCUCUGUGGCCAUCACUGCCUCCAUGAUAGGUCCUUCCUGCACCUUGGAGGAGGAUUUUGAUAUAUCUGAUGAUGCUCCGGGGAAUUUCCAUGAACUUACAAACCAGGUCUACAGGACAGAAGGGUGGAAGGUCAUGUGGGACUGAGAUUUGAGCGUCUCAGUUGACUGUUGGUCGGCUGUACUGCCACCUUUCCCUCACUUUAAGAACCACAGUGUAUGUUAACUGCUGGACUGGUUAUUUCAAACUGUUACGGUGAAAAAGAACUUGGCUUGGGAUAGCAGUAACUGACUGAUUAUUAGCAUACUGAAAUACACUAAUAUAAUAAUGAUAAUAACAAUAGUAAUAUUGAUAAUAGCAACAGCAAUUGUUUUACAUUUGAGCAUCAAACUCGGACUUCUGGAGGGAGAAUCUUGUCUGGACGUGCCAAGAGUGUAUUUUUCAAUGGUUGUUCUGUAAUCGCCAGAGUUAAAGUAAAUGCAUACACCAACAGUAUUUUGUAUGGAGAAUAUACAGUCAGUGAAAGAAAAAAAGCAUCUGAUCAGUUAUACAGAGUUUUAGUGGCAAAUCAAAUUGUUCAUAUUACAGUGAGGGAUUGUUUUGCUAUCUGGCUGGUGCAUGGCAGAGGAGGCAGCAUAUAUGUGUUGAUUAUACUGCAUAUUUGUUUCCAGGUUGAGAAGACUAUGUUCUGCUUGUUGCCACUUCCUUUAGUCCUUCCCAGCACUGUAUUGGUGGCAGGAUCAUCUCCAUGUUAUUGUGGGGCAUGCACUCGCCCACACUUUUCAUUCUGUACUUUGGUGGUGCUGACGUUCACUUCCUCAGGAUGUUAUUAAUCUUUCCAAGUUGCAUGGUUGUCAGAGUUCGGUAGACUUUUUUCCAAAGUGUUUUCCUGCUCCUCAGAUGUCAGGUCAGUGUUAAUCUGUGUUCAGUAAAUCAAGCAAGUGUUGAACUGAGGUGAAAUUUAGCAGUUCUUCACAUUCAUGCUGUGAGUCAACCACAUCAAACGUCGAGUGUGCUUUUAUACCAUCAACAGCUGUGUUCCUUCACCGCUUACAUGCUUAUCAGUGAACAACUGUGUUACUAGUUCUUCAGAAUCAUCAGUCAGUUACAACAUGUUACAUAAAACAAGCAUAGGUGAUUGCAUUAACUUUACUCUUAGCAGAAGUAUAUUGGGGGUGAGCCGUAACACUGCCCAAAGGAAGGACUUGUCGGAGCAGAUACAGUGGUGCUUCCCUGUGGUAGCAGAAUUUGAAGGCUUUGGGGAGUGGUCAAUUGAGGCAGAACUAGAUUAUGGGAUUUUAUGAUUGGUUCUGGUAGGUUAGAGUUUACGUGAGUCAUGUUAGUUUAUCAUGCUUGAGGCUGCAUGGAUGUAAAACGUGGUUGUGAGUGGUGGCAGCAGGCUCGGGGUGAUAAAGCAUUGUUAUUAUAGUGGUCAGGGUGAGGUGCAGGUGUUAGCCUUUGUUUCUAGAAUCUGGUGGACCUGUUAUACAUAUCAACCAAUUACCUUGUAUGUCAACACUGAGACAACACUGAAAAUAUGUGAAAAAUUUGAAAUGCUUAGGUUAGCAGUUAAUAAAGGUUUCAUGAGUGGACGGUUAGUGUUGGUGGAUUUUGUCUGGAGAGGCAAUUUGGGAGUCAGCGGCGCUUGUGUAACUGAUUCAACUGUCUCUCUAAUUUAGGUGAAACCAGUUAUAGAGAAAACAGGUUUGGGCAUUUCAUCUACUUUAAAAGAUUAUACGUUAUUUUAAAAGAUAUUUCAAUACUUUAAUGAGCAUUAGAUUCAUAUCCUAGAUGUGUAAUGUGUGAAGAGGCUCUGGAGCAGUUUUUUGAGCACAUCUUGGACAUAGGUAAUUAUGUGGCAGCUACAAGAAUUGGAAGGUAAAUCUACAUUUUCAUAUCCAGUGAUAGAAACUCCUCUGAUGGAUGUCUGUUUAAAGGCCACAUAAAAGUGACUCGCCAAAGUUAAGUAUUUAGCUGAGUGAUCUUCCUCAAGGAUAUGUAUGAUAUUGACCUUUGAAAAGUCUGCAGCUACUAUCUGGCACACCACCAAGUAAUUCAAUGAUAAAUCUUCAGUAAGUCAACAAUAAACUGCCUCUGUAACACCCGUGCCAGAAGUGGAUGUGGUGCACCCUUCUCACACAGGGAGUCACCCUCCAAAUUGAGAAGGACUGUUGUUAAGUGACAGUCCCUUGACAUGAAAAGUGACGUGUGUGUGGGAGCCUUCAUCCCAACACUAUUUAUGUUACUUAUGCUGGGUGGGGGAAAUGGAUGUGAGGCUGUUGCUUAAUUUUCUUUAGACUUUCUAUUGAAAAAAAUUGGAAUUUGAGGCUGUUCAUUGGACAAACUUGAAAUACAGCUUCUGGUGUGUAGUGUUGAAACAGUUAUACAGGACACACACACACACACACACUCACAUACACACCACCACCACCAUCACCAGUAAUAACAGCAACAACAAAAAUAAUGUGAGAAAAAAUUCAAAAUGCAUUGCUUAAAGUUGUGUGUGAGUUGAAUAUUUUAUGAUGAUGAUUAUGAUCAACAAGCCUCCUUCACACAAAAGCUUGGUGGUUAGGCUCCCAUGAAAAUGUAUAUGUUGUGUUUGGUUGUUUGUAUAAGUCUGGCCUGGAUAUCCAGUAAACCAGCCAGGGUUUGUAAAGCACUUGUUUAUCAUGAAAUACUAAGUGAAAAGUUUGUAAAAAAUCCCUUUAUUCUUCAGGCGGUCGAUGGAGAUGUAUUUCAUUUUCUGCCUCAUCUUUAUGGCACCUCUUGCCUCUGUGUGUGUGUGUGUGUGUGUGUGUGUGUGUGUGUGCAUGCCAAAUACCUUCACAUGAAUGGCGUAACAUACUGAUGGAAUUGCUCAAUGAAGUACAGCAAUAAUCCAGUUGAACGGCUUUGGUGUCUACAUGUAUUUCUUGAUCUGGUGAACUCUGUCCAUUCAGUUUGUGUUGCUUAAUUGAAUCACAGUGUGUGUGCUCUGAGGCAUACAUAAUACUUGUUGUUUAGUCAACCUGAGAUUAAUUGAAUCACACUAUUCUUUGAGACAAAUCUCUCAGUUUGGUUAAGUUGUUGCUGAUGGUUGAUCCUUUAUAAGUUCUUACAAUUGUGAAAGAAAUGUUCUUGUGGAAACAGUGAGAAAGAGGCAUUAAGUUUACUCUAAUUCCCUCGCCUCCCUGGCCCUGUUUGCUCAUCUUGUCCAGAUCUUCCUGCAGCAUCUCAUUGUUCCCUUCAUCCUUUACUUGUCUCACGACCGUGUGAAAAAAUGCACACUUCGUCGUUCCAUCCACUGCAUCGUUCGUGUACAUCAGCAACAUUUGAAGCCCACCAUUUGGUAUAAUUUUUCUACUUUACAUUACUUUGUACUAAGAGAAGAACACAACCUCUUAAUGUUUGCUUACAGAGAAAGCAAUAUAAUGUAUGUGUUUUUUCAUAACAAUGGUUGAGUUUUCCUGUGGUGAAGCUGUUUUGGAUAGCUUGACAUCUCUCUCUCUUGACAUUCUGAUGCCCUGACAAGGCUGUUGCUUGCAGGCUGUGCGGCCUGAAACAUUGAUGGUCAAACCUUUUGUCUGUAUUAUUAUUAUUAUGCUUUAUAUGCAGCAUACUCUUAUAGUUUAUAUUGACUUUUGCAUAUAUUUUGACGGCUCAGUAACAUGUAAACAUUAUGCACAUUUAGCAUCAUGUAGGCUUAAGAAAAACAUUUUCCCUUUCAUUCUUUGAAUAAUUUUUGUGUUUGCUAACUUAACACACAACUUGCAGGGAGGAGAGCUCUUGGCUGGUCCUCCCUCUCCCCAGCAUCACCAGCUGAGGGGCGGUUACUGUGGCAGUUCACUUUUGUAAUGUUCCAAUUUUUGUUCUAAGUGAUUCAAAGACAGGGAGGCACUGCUGAUUUUGCAGAAACAAUGUAUAAAUGCAGGUGAAUGAAUUUGAUACAUAUUUGAUUGCCAUCAGUCUCCACAGGGUAUCCAUGGAAUUUAUGUAAAUAUUUUACAAAAAAUUCUUCAAAAAAGUGUGACAGAACAUUACCUCGGCGUUGACUUGGUUGUCCGUGCUUUGUGUCCACUCCUGUAUUCACUUUCUUGAGCUCUUUGGAAUGCAUGAACAAUAACCACAGGGUGAUGUUUGUUCAUGAUUAAUUUUCCCUUGGGAUUGUCUGGAAACAUUCUGGGGGAAAACUCAUGUGUCCGGCAGGGCUUUAAGGCUUGCAGACCAAUGGUGAAAGUGAUAAACUGACUCAGUGGUGAUGUGCAAGUUUACAUUCACUGAUAGUGGAGAGCUUCAACUUUUGAGUCAGAAUAAUUACUCUUAGUUUCUUCCUCUUAUUAUUAGUUUAUUUUUUUCUAAUUUUCUUUUUUAUGCGUACCAGGAAAACAUGAAUGCAUGACUUUACAGGGUUACAGAAAAAGCAAUUCAUCACAUUGUGUAUGUACUUAGUUAUGAGCAGUUUAGCAACAAGACGAUAGGUGUGGAGGUAAGGCAGUUUGGUGUGUGUAUUAGUAGGCAUUGGAUGGAAACAUUGUGUAUAGUACUUGUGAGGACGGCAGCUUGACUCAUUCACUCUCCUCUACCUUCUGGAUGUUCUCUGAAAUCUGAAACUCAUGGCUGCUACAAGGGCUGACUACGUAAUUAUCUGGAGUCAGAAUUCAGAUGAUGCAGCACACACGUACGGUCAGUGUAUUGCUUGUGAGGUACAUCUGGAUUACCUUGUUUGUAAAUAAAUGUCAAAUGUAAUUAGUUGUUAUGUGAAACUCCUUGUGUGUCACUGUUCUUUGCCAUGUUGCUGGAAUUAAAAUGAAAACCUUGUACGUAGGAAUAAUCAUAAUGGUACUCUUACGUCAUGUCCAACUAUGGAUUAUUCAUAUUUUUUUCGACAUUGUGAAACUUGCGUAGAUCAAAGAACCAGUUUAGUGUAUAGAGGAAACAAAAACAGACGUUGAAUCACAUGGUUUACGGACUUAGGUGACGUAUUGGCUCUGGAUCUUUACUACAUGACAUGCGAGGACAGUGACACCCUGCGGAGUUCGGUUGUAGUAGGGAAGAACUGGUGUAAGGUUGUAAAUUUUAUUGAAAGUGCAUAUACAAAUAUUAUAUCUUUUCUACCAAGCCAAUAAAAAUUACUUUUAUCAAUGGUGUUUGAGCUGAAUGUUUCAAUAGCAUGUUUUUCAGAAGCAGAGGACCUUUUUUCAUGGUCAGAUUCUUGAAAAAAAUCAGAAAAGGAAUAUAUGAAAUGACUCUGUAGAUACUGAAGUUCUGGGGAAGUGGAGGAAAAGGAAGAGGAGAGAAGUUGAAGGAAGAACAGGAGUAAGAAGAAAAACUAUACAAAAGGAGCUGGGAUAGAAGAUGAUUAUAAUGAAGAAAUAUGAAAUAUAUGAUGUCGUUUCCUACUUAACCCGGUAGCAGCAGGGAUCAUGUUUCUUAAAGGUCCCUCUAAGAGAGAAAAAUGAGAAAAAAUCAUCACUCACACAAACCAUUUCAUAAUAUGUAUAAAAGUAUUUGUGAUCAGUUUAUGGAUCAUCUAUUUUGGGGGGUUAAAAUCAUGGCACAAAUUUGGCCCGUCGCUGCUACACGGUAAAGCCACAAAUUUGGCCCGUCGCUGCUACCGGGUUAAAUACCUUUUUUUGCAUCUUCCAGCUAUUAUCCAAACAAAACAUUAACUUCAUUUCCUACUGAACCACUUUUUAUGCAUCAGCCCUUGUCUUUCCCUGGGUUUUGCCUUUUGAACACUUUCUUGUGGGUGUUGGGGCUGGCUCUGGGGACUGCUCUAAGAUGAAGCAUUCUCCCUAACCAAUCCACAACUCUGACUUUUCCUCCUCCUCUCUACAACUCAUUUUCUUGACUUAGCUUUUUGACUUUUUCUCCUCUUCCUCCCACUUGAGUCUCAUGCUAGUGGGAUGUAAGGCUGAAUCAUAACCUUUCACAAACUAACCGGUAAUGGAAUAGGCCUAAAUUACGUUCUUGUAAGUUUAUAGCUUUACUUUGCAAUAUUUUUUUCCUCUCUUAUUGCCUCCUUUCUCCGUCCUUUCUUGCAUUUGUCAUUCACCUUGGAUUAUGCAUGAAGUAUUAUACAUGGAUUUCCUGUUUUCACUAUGCUCUUAUGCUCCUUAUUUCCCUUUCCAAUCUCCAGAUACAAGUCAUCCACCCUACUACUAUAUCCUACACUAAAUAUAAUCCCUAAAUAACUACCACCACUAACGAUGUCUUGAUAACCCCAUCCCCUUUCUAUGACGUCACGCAGACCACUAACGCCCCCUGUGGCAUCACGCGAAACCUGUCAGUCAGUGCUCAACCUCACUCGUACUCGCGCGGACCUUUUGCUUGGUGGCGGCGGUAACAAAGUGACAGCUUGAUUGAUCGUUGGGUGGGUUAAGUGAAGCAAGAGUGUGGUGGUUUGCUAUGUGGUGUUAUUAUUAGUGAAGGGAAGUGAAGGACCCUCCCACCCAUGUAACUUUUAAUGGUAAGAAGUGAGACAGACACUUUGGGAUACAAGAGAAUCACGGAACUUAUUACUGAACUGCUUGUUAUGGAAGAAUGGGAACGUGAUUUUGGCUUUCUGCUCGCUUUCCAAGGCCGAGGAACGUUGCUGCCGGUGACUGGGGCGUGGAUGAAGGUGGCACCAUUGGGCUACAUCCCUUCCCCGGUCCCGGCAGCCUCGCGCGCGCCCGAAAAAGAGAGGGACAUUUCGAGAGGAGGACGAAGAAGAAGUAGAGGACGAAGCGAGGGGACUGAGGUCGGGGGGGCGGAGGCUGCUGCAGGUGGUCGGUUUCCCCCAUCGAUCAGGGAGACAGUCUGGCCGCCGCGACCCUGAUGAAUUUUGCCCUGGCCAUAUUAAGGAGCCCUGACAAAAACCAUAAAGAUUGACUCACACACCAUUAUGGCCUUGGCGGUGGACUCAGCCAAAUGGAUCAUAAAAGACAUUUUGCAAAACUUGAGGCGAGUAGAAGAAGCACUGUCUGUUGUGGGUCUCCUGUACCUCGGGAAUGUGUCCGUGGCCGCUACCUGGGACCUCCUCAAGGGUGUAAGGAUUCACCUGUGGCCCAGGCUCUUCAGGAGAAACUUUGUGAAGGAGUACGGAGCAUGGGCAGUGAUAGCUGGCGCAGAGGAUGGCAUGGGCCGCGGCUAUGCUGAGGUGCUGGCCAGGAAGGGCAUGAAUGUCCUCCUGGUACUGGUGACACACGGAGACCUGGAAGACUUUGCCCAGGAAAUUAGAGAUAAGUAUGGAGUCGAGGUUGAAAUUAUGGAUGUAAAUAUUUACGGUGGAGAACUCAACUGUGAUGAUGUCAGAAGAAAGUUUGCCAGGAAGGAGAUUGGAGUUUUGGUCAACAACAUAACUGGGAUGAACGCCAACACAGCAAUCAUCUGCGGGGCGGCGCGGCCUGACCUGUGGCGACCAGUGGGUGUGGGUGUGGCCUGCGUCCCAACCAUCACGAGCCUUGUGCUGCCGGCCAUGGUGGGGAGGCAGAAGGGAGCUGUGGUCAACGUUUGCUCACCAAUGGCGACACUCAGCUUGACGAGGCUUCACGUUUACACAGCAGCCAAGUACUUCCUCAUCAGUUACUCAGAGGUCCUGCGCUACACUCACCGGUCCCAGGGCAUCGUGGUGCAGACGGUGCUGCCGGCGGAAAUACCUCACGGCAUGAUGCAGUACCAUGGGGCGGCGGUUCUUCAUGAUGUGUAUAAAUUAGUCACUCCCUGCCAGUCAGUGUUUGCUGCCCAUGCUCUGUCAACCUUAGGGUACGCCAGCACCACCUCGGGAUACUGGAUAUUUGGAGUGCUGGGCUGGGUGAUGAACUGCUCCCCUUGGUGGCUGGUGGCAAGCUUCAUGAUUGCCAGGUUACCAGUAUGAAGCUGAAUUGUAAGUUUUACAUCCAUGCCUUAUGUAGUGAUUUAUAUUUAUCUUAUUAGUAAAGGACUUUAUUGUGUCAGUUAAUUUAAAUGAUGGCCCUUACCAGGGAGAGUUAAAGGAGAUGCACAUUUAAUCACAAUACCUGUACAAUACCAGGAAAAUAUAAGUAAUACUUGGUUAAGUAAGGAGUUUACAUUUCAGAUAUCCCACCGUGUGUAGAGCAGCUGUUUGUUUACACAGAACCAAGCCCCAUCGUAACUCGAGGACUACCUGUAUAUGCAAAAUUGCCUCCAUCAAAAGUUCAAACCCUUAU